AUGGAGCCGCUGAGCCACCGCGGCCUGCCGCGCCUCUCCUGGAUCGACACCCUCUACAGCAACUUCAACUAUGGUGCAGAUGAGUACGACGCCGAGGGCAACGAGGAGCCCAAGGCACUGCCAGAGGGCUCGGAAACCAUGCCCUACAUCGACGAGUCGCCCACCAUGUCCCCCCAGCUCAGCACCCGUGGCCAGGAGAGCGGGGACGGCGUCUCACCCACGCCCACCGAUGGCCUCGGCACAGGGGUAGAUGCUGGCAAAGGCCUGGAGAUGCGGAAGCUGGUGCUCUCUGGUUUCCUGGCCAGCGAGGAGAUCUACAUCAACCAGCUGGAGGCCCUCUUGUUGCCUAUGAAGCCACUGAAGGCCACGGCCACUACGUCGCAGCCAGUCCUCACUCUCCAGCAAAUCGAGACCAUUUUCUACAAGAUCCAGGAUAUCUACGAGAUCCACAAGGAGUUCUAUGACAGUCUGUGCCCAAAGGUGCAGCAGUGGGACAGCAACAUCACCAUGGGCCACCUCUUCCAGAAGCUGGCCAGCCAGCUGGGGGUCUACAAGGCCUUUGUGGAUAACUACAAAAUCGCGCUGGAGACCGCAGAGAAGUGCAGCCAGAGCAACUACCAGUUCCAGAAGAUCUCUGAGGAGCUGAAGGUGAAGGGCCCCAAGGACUCGAAGGAGAGCCACACGUCCGUCACCAUGGAGGCACUGCUGUACAAACCCAUCGACCGGGUGACGCGGAGCACCCUCGUCCUGCAUGAUCUCCUCAAACACACUCCGGCCGACCACCCUGACUACCCGCUGCUCCAGGACGCCCUCCGCAUCUCGCAGAACUUCCUCUCCAGCAUCAAUGAGGACAUCGAUCCCCGGAGGACAGCGGUCACCACCCCCAAGGGGGAGACCCGGCAGCUUGUCAAGGAUGGCUUCUUGGUGGAGCUGUCAGAGGGCUCGCGGAAGCUGCGGCACGUCUUCCUCUUCACCGACGUGCUGCUCUGUGCCAAGCUGAAGAAGACGGCGGUAGGGAAGCACCAGCAGUACGACUGCAAGUGGUAUGUGCCCCUGGCCGACCUGGUGUUCCCCUCGCCGGAGGAGUCGGAGCACUGCCCGCAGGUCCACGUCAUCCCCGACCAUGAGCUGGAGGACAUGAAGAUGAAGAUCUCGGCCAUCAAGAGCGAGGUGCAGAAGGAGAAAGCCAACAAGGGGCAGAGCCGGGCCAUCGAGCGCCUCAAGAAGAAGAUGUUUGAGAACGAAUUCUGGCUGCUCCUCAAUUCGCCCGCCAUCCCCUUCCGCAUCCACAACCGCAACGGGAAGAGCUACCUCUUCCUGCUGUCCUCUGACUAUGAGAGGUCCGAGUGGAGGGAGGCCAUUCAGAAACUGCAGAAAAAGGAUCUCCAGGCCUUCGUCCUGAGCUCGGUGGAGCUGCAGGUGCUCACAGGAUCCUGCUUCAAGCUACGCACUGUCCACAACAUCCCUGUCACCAGCAAUAAGGACGACGAUGAGUCCCCUGGGCUCUACGGGUUCCUGCACGUCAUCGUCCACUCCGCCAAGGGCUUCAAGCAGUCUGCCAACCUUUACUGCACACUGGAGGUGGACUCCUUUGGCUACUUCGUCAGCAAAGCCAAGACCAGGGUUUUUCGGGACACCACCGAGCCGCAGUGGAACGAGGAGUUUGAGAUCGAGCUGGAGGGCUCCCAGUCCCUGCGCAUCCUCUGCUACGAGAAGUGCUAUGACAAGACGAAGCUCAACAAGGACAACAAUGAAAUCGUGGACAAGAUCAUGGGCAAGGGGCAGAUCCAGCUGGACCCACAGGCGGUGCAGACAAAGAACUGGCACAUGGACGUGAUUGAGAUGAACGGGAUCAAGGUGGAGUUCUCUAUGAAGUUCACGAGCAGAGACAUGAGCCUGAAGAGGACCCCGUCCAAAAAGCAGACUGGUGUUUUUGGGGUCAAAAUCAGCGUCGUGACAAAGCGCGAGCGCUCCAAGGUGCCUUACAUCGUGCGCCAGUGCAUCGAGGAGGUGGAGAAGAGGGGCAUCGAAGAGGUCGGCAUCUACAGGAUCUCUGGGGUAGCCACUGACAUCCAGGCAUUGAAGGCUGUCUUUGAUGCAAAUAACAAGGACAUCUUGGUCAUGCUGAGUGACAUGGACAUCAACGCUAUCGCUGGCACACUGAAGCUGUACUUCCGUGAGCUGCCCGAGCCCCUUCUCACUGACAGACUCUACCCUGCCUUCAUGGAGGGGAUCGCCCUCUCGGAUCCUGCUGCCAAGGAGAACUGCAUGAUGCACCUUCUCCGCUCGCUGCCUGACCCCAACCUCAUCACCUUCCUCUUCCUGCUAGAGCACUUGAAAAGGGUAGCUGAAAAGGAGCCCAUCAACAAAAUGUCUCUCCACAACCUGGCCACGGUCUUUGGGCCCACACUGCUGAGACCCUCAGAAGGGGAGAGCAAGGGACACCUCACCCUGGCCUCUGACAUCUGGUCGCACGAUGUGAUGGCCCAGGUCCAGGUCCUUCUCUACUACUUGCAGCAUCCUCCCAUCUCCUUCACUGAGCUGAAACGCAACACACUUUACUUCUCCACGGACGUGUAGCCUGCAGGGAGAAGGCACCAGCUGCAAACACUCCCAGCUCCCUGCUGGGGGACAUGGACUGGAUCGCAGCCCCCCAGGGAGACCGGCCCGGACCCAGGAUGGUGCCGCCUGCAGCUCCUGUACAAUCGCGUGCCAGUGGCCCGGUCCCACCCCAGGCACCGUGCCUCUCUGUAAAGUAGUCGUGUCUUAUGUC